CUCUGUCGUCUCCUACAGCAGCAAAUUCAAAACCUUCCCGCCUCGCCGGAGCAGCCAUGGGUCGCGUUCGCACAAAGACAGUCAAGAAAUCCUCGCGCCAAGUCAUCGAGCGCUAUUAUUCCCGCAUGACUCUAGACUUCCACACCAACAAGAAGGUUCUAGAAGAAGUGGCCAUCAUCGCAUCCAAGCGCCUCCGCAACAAAAUCGCCGGAUUCUCCACCCACCUAAUGAAGCGGAUCCAGAAGGGACCCGUUAGGGGAAUCUCUCUCAAGCUUCAGGAGGAGGAGAGGGAGCGCCGUAUGGAUUUCGUCCCCGAAGAAUCCGCCAUUAAAAUCGACCGAAUCGAGGUCGAUCAGGAGACAAUUGAUCUGCUCGCGGCAAUGGGGAUGAGCGAUCUCCCUGGGGUCGUGCUCAAGGAUGAGCAGCAAUCUGUUAUUGCUCCGGCCACCGCCUACGGCGGUUUCCGCGGUGGCUUUGGCGGAAGACGGUACUGAUUUUGCAGUUUACGUUUCUGUCAUUUUUUUUUUGAUUUAUGGAAGAUUUUGCAGUUUUGAUGGUGGGCAGUCUGGAAUUUUGUUUUACCAAUUGAGAAAUUGUUAUAGAUUCAAAGUUUUAUAUGAUUGAUUGCUAAUUUUGCUGUUUUAUUAUUGAAAGUUUCAAUCUUUGGUUU